AAGAAACGACGCCACCGCACCACCAAUUUUCCCAUUACAACAUACAGAAAAGAAAAAUCUCUAUCAUCAUUUUUCUCAAGAAAAUAAAAAGCGUGUUGUUUUCCUUUCUUUCUCUGUCUUUAUCUCUUUGCCUAAUUGCCUUUGAAAGGAGACCAAAGUGGAGGUUCUUUUUUUUUUUGUUAAUUAUUCUACUGGUAUAGUUUUUCUCAUCACCUUAUCUCUCCUCCUUCCAUCUUUAUAAAGUCCCAUACACGAAACCAUGAGAAAAAAUAUUUCCCCGUGGGGAUUCUGAGGGAAGUUAUGGUCUUGGGCUUGUGUGUUCUUACUCAAACCAUAGGUUUCAUCUUGGCAGCUUACAUCCAUGGAAGCAGAUAGGCAGAAGCUCUGUGACAAUCUUGUUGGUUCUAAAUUCUUUCUUUCUGGAUUCUAUUGCUGGGGUUGGGAAUUCUUGACUGCUCUCCUGCUUUUUAGUUGCUCCAUCUAAUCAAAUUCUUUCUUUCUUCCCUGUUUAUUUGCUCCGCAUAGGUAUAUAGUUUUUUUUUUUUUUUUUUCCUUCUGGUUUAGAUAUUUGUUUGUGUUCUUGGGUGGGUUGGUGAGGGUUAAAUCGGGAACAAAUGGCGCAGCGGUCAGUUCCGGCGCCGUUUUUGACGAAAACGUAUCAGUUGGUGGAUGAUCCGAGCACUGAUGAUGUGAUUUCCUGGAAUGAAACUGGCAACACUUUUGUGGUCUGGAAAACUGCAGAAUUUGCUAAGGAUUUGCUUCCUAAUUGCUUCAAGCACAACAACUUCUCCAGCUUUGUUCGCCAACUGAAUACCUAUGGCUUUCGGAAGAUUGUGCCGGACAAAUGGGAAUUCGCCAACGAGCAUUUUCGUCGAGGAAACAAGGAGCUCCUCUCCGAAAUCCGUCGCCGGAAAACGGUAACUCCUUCUCCAACACAGACUCCGGCCGCCUGUAAGUCCGGAGGAGGAGGAGGAGGAUUAGCAACCUCGCCGUCGAACUCUGGCGAAGAUCUGGGGUCCACGUCCACAUCCUCUCCGGAUUCGAAGAAUCCUGGAUCAGUGGAGACGGCAGCGACGAUGACAACGCAAUUUGCUGACUUAUCGGGCGAAAACAAGAAACUGAAAAAGGACAACGAGAUGCUGAGCUCGGAGCUAGCGCAAGCUAAAAAACAAUGCGACGAGUUGAUUGCUUUCUUGACUGAGUAUGUGAAGGUGGGGCCUGAUCAGAUCAAUCGCAUCAUGCGGCAAGGAAGCUGUUGUGAGUCCACCCUUGAUGGAUUGGUAGGUGCGGCCGCUGGGGCUGAUGAUCACAGUGAUGACGAAAAAAAUGGUGAAAACGAUGACGGAGAAGAUGGGGGUGGAAGCGGCGUGGGUUUCAAACUGUUUGGGGUUUUGUUGAAAGGGAACACAAAAAAGCGGGGUCGCAGUGAGAAUCUUGGAUUUGCGGGGCCCCAUGCAAAGGAAAUCAAAAUCUGCAACUGAAAAAAUAGGAAGGUGUGCAAGCAACUGCGCAUGAUAAGAUCCAUGCACUUGCCUGCACCUGAUCUGAAAGUAGCAAGAAAAAUCAGGUAAGUCUCUGUAAUAGCGCGCAUCUGUAAUUCAGAAGUCAGUAAUUUGUGUAGGGAAAGUAAUAAAAAAUGCAAAGCUUUGGCUGUUGUGGUUGUGUUGGGGGUUGAAGAUCAAAGGCAAAUUAGGUCUCUUGGCCCCUUUUUGUUCUUUCAUGUAGAACAUAUUGUCAUUUUCCAUAUAGGUGUAAAAGUUUCACUUUAGGGAUAUUUUGCAUAACUUUUAUGUGAUUAAAUAUGUCCUGCUAUUUGCAUUUUGAUGGGGUUUA